AUGGCUCCAGUGCUCCGUCACUGUCCCUGCCUCCGUCCCGAAAAUGAUGAUGUAAGAUUAUUGGAUUACAGCCAUUCAAAUCUAGAAGAUGUGCCAAAUGAAGUAUUCAGCUUUGAGAGAACGUUGGAAGAGCUUUUUUUGGAUGCCAAUCAGAUUAAAGAUCUUCCAAGGCCUUUAUUCCAUUGCCAUGGCCUGAGAAAAUUAAACUUAAGUGACAAUGAAAUUCAAAAUCUUCCUCCAGCAAUAGCAUCUCUCAUUAAUUUAGAGCGACUGGAUAUUAGCAAAAAUGGUAUUUUAGAAAUUCCUGACAACAUAAAGGGAUGCAAGUGCCUUACUGCCAUAGAUGCUAGUGUAAACCCUUUAGGAAAACUUCCUGAAGGUUUUACUUUUCUCUUAAAUCUGCAAGAACUUUAUCUCAAUGAUACCUUUUUGGAAUAUCUUCCAGCAAAUUUUGGGAGGCUAUCUCAUCUUAAAAUUUUAGAGUUAAGGGAAAAUCAUUUAAAACUUCUCCCAAAAUCAAUGGCAAGGCUAACGGAAUUGUGUAGGUUAGAUAUUGGCCAAAACGAUUUUGCAGAAUUGCCAGAAGUGAUAGGAAAUUUACCUAGAUUAACAGAGCUAUGGUGUGAUAGUAAUAACCUUAACUGUCUUCCACCAUUUUUGGGAGGUCUCAAAAAACUGACUUACUUAGAUGCAAGUAAGAAUAAAAUUUAUGAAGUUGCUGAUGAAAUUGAAGGGUGUAUCAGCCUCAGUGAUUUAACAUUAUCAUCAAAUCGUAUCAAAGUACUUCCUGAUGGCUUAGCUCACCUGAGAAAAAUUACAGUAUUGAGAGUUGAUGAAAAUCGUUUAAUAUCAGUGCCUGACAGCAUUGGAAACUUGCAUAACUUGGAAGAAUUAGUUUUAAGUACCAACAAUUUACAAAUGCUGCCAAUAAGCAUAGGGUUAUUGAGAAAUUUAAGGACUUUAAUAGCAGAUGAUAAUAUGUUGGAGGAAAUUCCUUGUGAGAUUGGAAGUUGUUUGAAGUUGACAAUACUUUCUUUAAGAGACAAUAAAUUAGUUGUCAUUCCUGAUGAGCUUGGUCACAUUUCAGCAUUAAAAGUCAUAAACCUGAGUGGUAAUCUUUUGCAGUAUCUACCUUUCAGCAUAGCUAAACUUCCUAAUUUACAAGCACUCUGGCUGUCUGAAAAUCAGAACAAACCCUUAAUACCUCUGCAGUCCGAUACAGAUCGAAUUACUGGGCAAAAAGUUUUGACUUGCUUUAUGUUACCUCAAGUACCAUUAGAAGGAGAAAUAAAUGAGGUUCAUAACAGUCAAAUUGAAACUCCUGAUCCAGUGAAAGGGAGACAUAUCAUAAAAUUUGCUUUCGAUGCUUCAGUUGAUCAACCUAGCAAACUUGUGAGAGCUCCUACACCUUACCCUAAAGAACUUAAAGCUCAUGCACGACAUGCAAGAAAUUAUGCCUUGAAGAAACAAGGAUCUAAGGAUUCUGAAGGCAACGAAAUAUCUGAAGAAUCCUCUCAGAUGCCCCUUAAAACAGAAAAUUUACAUGCUACUGGUGCUACUCCAGACAUCAUGAUUUUACCCAAUGUGCCAAAUCAGGAAUCUAAUUCACAAGUGAAAGAAGCUGUGGUCUCUAAGCCAAAAUCUCCCUUGGCUUCCCCUUCAAAACAUGAAAGACAUUACAUUCCAAAUGUGGGGGAUCGUGCCUCUUUAGAUGUUCUUGAAAUAAAGCCUCACAGUUUUCUUGAACAAAAUCCUUUGCAAGUUAGUCAUGCAUUGAAUGAGAUCUGUAACUCUGAUAUUGCUGCCAAAGUUUUAGGAAGAAGAGAUUCCCGUGGAGAUGGCUCUUCAAGUGAAAACACAUCUACCUCUGCAACUGGAUCUCCUAAAUCAACUCCUGAUAACUUACUAUCAGAAGGCUAUGGCUAUUCUCCUAAAUUGGACAAAGAUGGCCACUUUAAAAAGAACUUACCUGUUUCCUCUAAAAAGGAUACCUGGAUGCGUCAGAGACUUUUGAAACAAGGCAGCGGAGACAGUGAUCGAGGUUACAGGAGUGAUCACGAAGUUUAUAUUUCUGAAAGGGACCAGUAUGCGCAAAAUUAUCAUGAUGGAUAUGCCAGUGACUGGGAAGCCUUCCUAGCUAAGCAGACUUACAGUUCACCUACCAAUGGCCCUUUACAAAAUCCACCCCAAUAUUCACGGGCAUCACUUCCAGGUGAUAUGAGUUUUCGGGGUCGAGCAGAAGGUCAAGAAAUUAAACUGGAAGGAAGUCAAGAAAACUUUUCUUAUCCUUGGGAUCAGAGAUUCAACUAUCCAGAAGAAAAUGAUGGUGCAAUAGUAAAUGGUGAAUAUCACCCUCAAAUAAACCAGGCAUAUGAAGGAUAUUGGCAAAUGGAUCCAGUAUCUGGCCAGAUGUUUCCAGUUUAUGAUAUGAGUCAUUCUUAUCCUCCAGCUGCUGAUAAUCCAACCUAUGUUUAUCCAAGACAAGAAAUUCCUCCUGCUCAGAUGCAACAUUUUUAUGAGGACUGUGAUGGCUAUAAAUAUCCCACUCCCAACUUUUUCAUGCCACGCAUGCCAUCUCCUAAUCCAGUCAUGUGUAAUAACCAAGGAACGAUGCCCAGGCGUUUAGGGUGUGCUUCUCCUCGUCUGAAACGAUCUCAGUGCCUCAGUGUUCAAGCUCCUCUUCAUGGUAGCCCUCAAGAAUAUCAUCUUGUACCUCAUCAAGCUGGGACAGCGAGACCAGGUGGCUCCCCACAUCCUGGUAGGGCGCCAUCUCCUGGAGUUGACAACAGGAUAUCUGCUCAAUACUCUCCUCAACCAUAUCCAAAGUUUCCUCCUUCAUUUCAACCUCAGUAUAGCAAUCAAGGAUUCCCAAUCACCACACAACCUGUUAAUCCAGUUCAUAUGCCAGCUCCUCUUCCAAACACUCAUCCAACCUAUGGCAACUUUCAAGAUACGUUUCCUGUGUAUCCAACCAUGCCACCCCCACCUCGUAUGAAACAGAACCCAUAUGUUAUGUCUACAGUUGAUGAUUCUGCUCUGUUUGACAGAUCUUUCCAGAUGUCUAUUCCUGGCAAUCAUGGUCCUGGUUAUUAUACUGGGAACAAUUUGCCCGAGGCUGUGCAUUCUUCAUAUAGUCAUGAAGCAGCAAACAAUCAUGAUAUGUUUAUGAAAGUUCAAGAUGCUGAAUAUGGAGUGAUGUCACCUGUGGCAGCUCCGUAUAGAAGUGGUUCAAUUCCAGCUCACAUACAAAACAUUGAUAAUGAAGAACCAGUCGAGGUUCAGCAUUUAAAUCGCUCUGUUCCUAGCAUUAACAUUAUACCAAGCACCUCACCUCCGUAUACUUCACGCUUAACUUCAUCAAAUGGAGGAUGGACAGAUAACUCUACUGUGAUUCCUGUUGAAAAGUCUGGAAAAGUUGCAUCUGAAAUGAGUAAUAGUGCUGCAGAUACUGAUGAGCGUGGAAAUAAAAUCGCACCUGAUGAAGUUGCAUCCUUGUGUAAAAGUCAUGUUGAGAGUGAAAUUUGUAAGGAUAUAAACAACAGAACUUUAUAUAAUACUGAACUUGAUGCAAGCUCUUCGCAAAAUUCUGAUCAAAAUUCGUAUACUGUAAUUUCUCCCAAACCUAACAAAGCACCUUCUUCAUUAAAUAGUAGCAUUGAUAAUAAUGUUGUUAAUAGUAGUGAAACUCAAGUAUCUCAAGUUGUUGGUGAUAGUCAAACUGCAUUCCGUAAAGUUGGUGGCUUUCAAGCUGUGGUACCUAACGUUCAUUCCUUGCCUCGCAAAAAAAGUUCAACUGAUGAUGAUAUAAAACUCAACAAUGAAGCAAGUGUAGGAAAUUCAAGUUUAACAGAAUAUAAUUUGCAAAAUGUUUCAAUGAAUCAGAAAACUUCAUCUGUUUCUGAAACACCUAGUCAAACAUUAAAUUCCAAUCUCACUGAAAAUCAAAAUGAUAAUCCAAAAACUAAGGUGCAAUCUGGGUUUGUCGAAUCUUUGGUAAACCAUCUAAAUAAAUCUGCAAAUUCAGUAACUAAUUCUUCUGAAAUUAACAGAAAGGUUCUUCCGAGUUCUCAACCAAAAAGUCACUUGAACUCCUUGAACAGUGUUAAAAAUGAAAGCAAGUCUGAACCUUUUUUUCCAAAACAUAAUAAAAAACCUGGCUAUGCUGUUCAAGUGUUACCAAGUCAAAAACCACUUCCUCCCAUUCCUGGUGAGAAGAUACCACCAGCACUGCCUAAGAAAGAAAAGAAAUCUGUAAAAAAUACAGAACUAUUGACAAACAAUAAACCAACUGUAUUUGUUAGUCAUGGGAACCAAAAGGAUGUUCCAGAAACGAAAAAUCCUAAUACAGUGAAUGCAGUAAGUCAUAAUCCAGAAUCUGGAGAACCUUGCAACUCUUAUCAAAACAAAAUUGCCCAAGAAAAUUCAAAGAAUAGAAAAAUAACAGGUUAUAGGACUAAUACUCAUUCUCCUAAUCAUUCCAGACAAAACAGUGAACCCAAUCCUGCUGCUCAAAUGAAACCAAACUCAAAGUCUGAUGGUAAUGAAAGUGGAAAACAGUGUUCAUCUGAUAAAAGAUUCCAAAAAGUACUGCCCCCACUUGAUAAAUCAUUCCAACUUAAGCCUUGUAGUGCGAGAAAAAAUACUUCCCAAAGUGAUUCUUCUGAUAGUGGGUAUUCUAAUUCAUCUGGUAAUGAUGUUAAAAUUGAAGAGCACUGUUCAGAUCAUAAUGUGAAUUCUCAAACAAUUACUGGUUUUAAUUUAAGUGGUUCUGAAAACAAAUCAUGCAAAGCUGACUCUAAUGUUCCACCUGCAUUACCACCUAAGCGAUCAUCGGCAUGUCUGUUGGGUGGCGAGUUGACUUCAAAAAAUGCAAGACCAGAAAAUGAUUUUAGAAAUGAGUUACAAGUGAAAAUGCCACCUGAAAAUUCUGAAAAAGAAUCACUUUCUGAAAUGACUCCAGAAAUCAUUCAUAAAAUUAAUGUAAAUCUUGUUGAAGUUGUAAAAAAUAUUAAUAAUGAAAAUAGUGAUGUGUUACAAAAGGAAAAUAUGCCUGAUCUGUUAAGUCGAAUAAUUCCGAAUGAAAAAAAUGAAUUUAUCUAUGAUAAAGAUGAGUCUUUCCAAUUUUCUAAGACAAAAGAUGAGUUAGUGAAAAACAGUGAAAAUCUACCUGACAGCCAGUUAGACAAAAGUCUCCAAUUUCAAGUGCCAGAUUCUCCUAAGUCACCUAAGAGGCAGUCUUGGUUUUUUGGAACCCAUAAAAAUUCAUUAGUGUUCCCUGUUAUUAUCUCAAAAAACCCUGAACUUGGUUUUUCCAUUGCGGGUGGUAUUAAUGCACCAAGGAAUCCUGGACGACCAAAUGAUUUGGGUAUUUAUGUCACAGAAGUAUUGGCUGAGGGUCCAGCAAAUAAUUUAUUGAGGCCUGGAGAUAAAAUUCUACAGGUUGAUGGCACAGAUUUUACUAAACUGGAUUUUAAUAAAGCUCUUACUGUUCUUCGGGAAAGUGGAAACACAAUAUCUUUAAUGGUUUCUAGAGAAUAA